UGUCGGCAGUGUUCAGCUGUGUGUGAAUGAAGAAGAGUAAAUGAUGGAUCUUCAGAACUCCAGCAGUGGAGGAGGACCUCCUGUCCUAAAAAUAAACAACCAGGAUAUUUAAUAAAGAACAGUGUUAAACUGCUGAAAGAGGUGAAGCACAAGCCAUCCAGAAGAAUCUCCUGAAAACGCAGAAAUUGUUUGCUACAUUUCACAGACAGAUGGAGCCAAGUCCCAACAUGGAGAAACAUCAGCACUCUGUCAAGAGUUUUACUAAACAGAGUGAUCUCAAAAAACACCAGCACAUUCACACAGGAGAGAAACCGUAUCACUGCUCAGACUGUGGGAAGAGUUUUACUAAACGGAGUCAUCUCAAAAGACACCAGCGCAUUCACACAGGAGAGAAACCGUAUUACUGCUCCGAUUGUGGUAAGAGUUUUACUACACAGUGUAAUCUCAAAAUUCACCAGCGCAUUCACACAGGAGAGAAACCGUAUCACUGCUCAGACUGUGGGAAGAGUUUUAAUCAACAGAGUACUCUCAAACUGCACCAGCGCAUUCACACAGGAGAGAAACCGUAUCACUGUUCAGACUGUGGAAAGAGUUUUACUGAACAGAGUACUCUCAAACUGCACAAGCGCAUUCACACAGGAGAGAAACCGUAUCACUGUUUCGACUGUGGGAAGAGUUUUACUCAACAGAGUCAUCUCAAAAUACACCAGCGCAUUCACACAGGAGAGAAACCGUAUUACUGCUCAGACUGUGGAAAGAGUUUUACUGAACAGAGUACUCUCAAACUGCACCAGCGCAUUCACACAGGAGAGAAACCGUAUCACUGUUUCGACUGUGGGAAGAGUUUUAAUCAACAGAGUAAUCUCAAAAAACACCAGCGCAUUCACACAGGAGAGAAACCGUAUCACUGCUCAGACUGUGGGAAGAGUUUUACUAGACAGAGUGAUCUCAAAAAUCACCAGCGCAUUCACACAGGAGAGAAACCGUAUCACUGCUCAGACUGUGGGAAGAGUUUUACUAGACAGAGUGAUCUCAAAAAACACCAGCGCAUUCACACAGGAGAGAAACCGUAUCACUGCUCAGACUGUGGGAAGAGUUUUACUAAACAGAGUCAUCUCAAAAAACACCAGCGCAUUCACACAGGAGAGAAACCGUAUCACUGUUCAGACUGUGGAAAGAGUUUUACUAAACAGAGUACUCUCAAAAAACACCAACGCAUUCACACAGGAGAGAAACCGUAUCACUGUUCAGACUGUGGGAAGAGUUUUACUUUACAGAGUGAACUUAUAUUACAUCAGUGCAUUCACAAGAGAUAGAAAAGUAUCCCAAAUCUGUUCCUCUGCCAUAAAAAAUGCAAACCUUAAAUCUUUCAGACAGCCAAAAACACCUCAUCAUGCACAAAAUCUUCACUCUGUUACAAGAACUUCAUUUAAAAAUGGCUUUUUACAGGUUCAGAAAAAUGAAUCUUAUCCAGAGAUGAUGUUUACUGAAUUUCAUGCUGUGUUUUUAUGUAUGUUUGUAUACCUACAUUAGUUAAUGCCUGCAGAGCUCUUCAACACUUAGUGUUGUGUUUUAAGAAGUUUUUACACACAGAAUCAUAAAUGGUACCACUAACAGCAUAAACUAGGAACAUACAUUUUUACAAUUUUUUCAGUGAUAUGCUGAAUAAAUAGUAAAGCGAUGAUGCUAGCUCAGAGUAAAAUCGUAUAUUAAAUCCCAGCAUUAGCUUUAGAACUAAUAAUAAACAAAAGUGAGGAUUUUAUCAUUCUGGGACAUUUUUAGGUUUAAAAAUUGAAUAUGCUUUGCCAUAAGUAGGAAAUUAUCAUUUGGUCAACUUAUGUCAUUUACAGCCUUAACACAUUCUCAAUUGUUUACAUAUAAAAACUUUCUUUAUUUUUUCCUCCACUCCACGUUUGUAGUUUGUAGUUGGAGCGAGGGCACUGCCAGUGUUUGCUCCAGAUGUUAGAUUAGCAUUACUUAGUCUUUUAAAAUUUAGAUGUCGUAGUUUAAAGGAGUAGAGUAUUCUUAGGAGUAGAGAAUAUUCUUAGCUUGCAACAAAAGGCCAACAAAAUCCUUUUCAGAGUUAAAAAAAAAAACGGUCUAGCUGUAGUUUCCAUACUGAAAGCAACACUCAGCAGGCUAUGCAGCAGUAAGACUGCAGGAUCCUUGAUUCCCUCUACUGCACAUGUGUCAAACACAAGGCCCGCGGGCCAAAUGUGGCCACAUCCAAGCGAGAGCUUGUAAGAUCUUAGUGUCUAUAAUAAAUAGGUCAGAAGCGUUCUUUGACCAAAAACUACAUUUCCCACAAUGCUUGUCGAUUGUAUUACCCGCGAAGUUACGGCUUACUGCCACUACACGGCAGUGUAGUCAUUGAUGUGGAAACCCUGCCGGAGGGAAGGCGUAACUUCGUGGGUGGAAUUGAGACACACAAACGUUUAUCCCAUAAUGUCCAGAAAAAGAGAAGCUGAUGCAGACGGACGGCUGUGCUUCAAGGCGAAAGACCGGUACCAAAAUAAACGCUUGUUAGGAGAGAUAUAAGUUUUGUGUAAAUAUUUAAAGUUUUAAUGACGUUAAUAAACAUCACUGUGACAGCGCUAGUCACAGUUUCACCGCAGCAAAGGAGGAGCACGUGAAUCACUUAUCUAACCAGCCUGUACUGAUUUCUGCCCCCAAUAACCCUUUCAAUAACCUCCAAUAGCCUUUAAUAGUCUCCAGUAGCCUUCAACAGUCUAACCUUGCAGCCGUGGUGUGUUCUAAACUCCGUAGUUAUAAACAUCCUGAGGUUAGCAGCGCGCUAACUGACCUGUUUAUAAUGUAAUCCGAGCAGUGACGCCGUGAUGGCUGCUCUAAACUGCUGCUGUUAGCUGCUUGGGCUGAAAGAUGAACUGUAGAGAGCUGUAUUAUUCGGUUAGUGGGGUUAAAAUCUUUAUUUUCUACACAGAAGAAUUUUAAAAACUGUAAAAAUGCUCGUAUAACUUGUAUUUAAUGUCAUUUCUAUUCACUUGAAUAGUUUGGUUCUUGAUUGAUGGAGUUUUUGGAUUUCAUAACAUGACAAAUUAAAAGGAUUUAUUUUAAUAGAGCAACAAGCAAACAUUUUUUCCAUGCAACUGUAAUAUUUGAUUGAAUAAAUAGUAUAUUGAGAGUUAUUUAACAUUAAGGAGUAAUUACAUUCAUUUUAUAUUACAUUUGGUUACAUUUUAUUACAUUUAUAAGUUCCAUCUGGCCCUCAGUGGACAGCCAAUAUGCCAAUGUGGCCCUCGGCCAAAAUGAGUUUGACACCCCUGCUCUACUGGUUUUCUCAUUGGUCUAUGGUUCAGUCAGUCUGAUUAAAAAUCUGCAAGUUAAUCUACAGGGAUAUUUGGUUGUGUUGUGUUGCUAAAGUUAUAUACUCUGUUAUCUUUUCCUUAUUUGGUAUCGUUUUGCUAAAGGGUUUUUUUUAUAUCUCUAAAGGUACUAAAAAUAUCUAAUCCAUUUACUUUAUUGAUUGUUUUAUCCAGUACCAGCUAUUAUCGUUGUUUUACAUCACCUUAUGUAUUUACUCAUAUUCAUAUCUAUGUGAUUCAAUAAAAGGCUUUUAUAUUGCAAGAUCUGCAAUCUUAUCUAUUCUUUCAACUUAAGCAUUUAGCCAAAAGCUUUUGUACACAGCCAAACAUACAUUCAAGCAACCACUAUAUACAGUGCCUUGCAAAAGUAUUCGCCCCCCCCCCCCCCCCCCCCUUGAACUUUUCAAACUUUUGCCACAUUUUGGGCUUCAAACAUAAAUAUAUGAUUUUUUUGUUUGUUUUUUUGUGAAGAAUUAACAACAAGUGUGUAAGAAUACGGAGGAGUUUUGCCUUACUAUGUUCAUUGUUCAUUGAUUAAAGGGUCAACUUAGCAUGAUUGAUUUUUUCCAGCAGAACCAUGAGUUUCUGUACAUGUAAUCUAUAGUCUGAUAAGGUUGGGGUGACCGAGUUCUCGGCUGACGUAUAGGAUGAAUAACUGCUUAUCAGUAUCAGGAUCCGAGGGGUGUGAGGAGCCUCCUCACACACUAUUAGACUGAGGCCAGGCGAAUGCCUGUUUUUAUUAGACUCUGUCUAGGAAGAAGAGUAGAGUUGGGCGGGAGAGCUUCUCCCGAGAGGGACUACAGAGCCACAGGUCCUGUUCACACAGCCGAGAACUCUGGAAACCCCAACUUUUCUCACCUUUGGGGUUUUCCUCUUAUUUUCACCUUUUUAUUUCAAUUCAUUUUUCAAUAAUCUUUUUACUCAAUUUUUGAUGUAUCCAAAAAAACUGUUUUGCUCAGAAGAUUCUUUGAAUAAAAUCUGACGGAACUACAA